UCCUCCUGCGCCUCCGCGGCUCCUCCUUUUCGCUUUGCUCGCGCACCUCGUCGUCUUCCUUUUUUUAUGCAUUAAACAAGAACCCAAUCCAACCCUCUUCAGCCGCGAACAAUAUAGUAAUGAAAAGCGGCCCACUUGAUGAAUUCCCUUUCCCAAUUGCUUCGCCUUGCGUGUGCCUCCCUCUCUCUCUCUCUCUCUCCCAUCGCGUUUCGGCGGAAAGUUCUUCCUUCUCCUCCAAGAGGUGAGACCGACGGGGGCCCGUCUUUUUCUUCUUCUUGGGUUCUCGAGGGGUGGAGGGUUCGUGGGUAGGGUUUCUUGAAGCCGGGCGUUGGUGGGUUUGUGUGCGGGGUUUCUUGAUUUUCUUGGUUUGUGUGUUUUUGAGUGCCUGUGCGGUUGUUGGGUGUGUUGAGGUUUCUGAGGAGUGGGCUUGAUGGAUAACGCUGGCUGGAGGCCGCUGAUGCCGCCGGAGGGUGGCGAGGGAGGAGGAGCCGGGGGCGCUGGAGGUGCGAUUGAUGGGAACGACUGGAGGGCUCAGCUUCUGCCCGAAUCACGGGAGAGGAUCGUCAACAAGAUAAUGGAGACUUUGAAGAGACAUCUUCCCGUUUCUGGUCCAGAGGGUUUGCGCGAACUCAAUAAAAUUGCCAUGAGGUUUGAGGAAAAAAUUUAUGCUGCUGCAGUAAGCCAGUCUGAUUAUUUAAGGAAGAUAUCUCUGAAGAUGUUGACAAUGGAGACAAAGUCUCAGAGUACCGUACCUAGUGCUUCACCAUCUAACUCUGCAGGGAAUAGCAGUGAGGACUCCGCAGGCAAACGUGCUCGGUUACAUGCUUCCAAUCAAGAUGAAAGCCGAAACUCAGUGGAUCACAUCAGCCAAUUGCCCGACGCCAUAAUCCUUCAUAUCUUCUCCUUCAUGACCACAAAAGAUGCCAUCAAAACCAGUGUCUUGUCCAAGCGAUGGCGUUCCACUUGGACUUCUAAUCAGUAUAUGAGUUUCUCUUUGCCCCGCGGCAGUAGCCGGAAAUCCAAGGGCUUCAUCAAUUUUGUUGACUCGGUGCUGUUACGCUGCACUGCAAUUAAGGCAAAAAGAUUCCUCUUUGAUGCUCCUUGUCUCGCCUUGGUGCAAUCAAGUCUUGAUAAGUGGCUCCAGUUUGCCAUUGAGCAUGGCAUCGAAGAGGUAUCAGUAAGUCUGCAUUACUGGCGCCACAAAGUUUAUGUGUUGCCGCGAAUCUUGUUCCGUUGCACCACGCUGGUGAGUUUGCGUGUGUCCCAAUGCUGUUUUUCAGUGUUUGGCACUGUGAAUUGGUGUUCGUUGAAGACAUUGCGCAUUGAACAUGCGGAGUUGAACGAUGAUGGGAUGGUGAGAGUUUUGAGUGGCAGCCCUGUUCUAGAGUUCCUUGAGUUGAAAAGUUGCCUGGGCGUCAAGCACAUCGUGAUUGAAUCAAAAAGUUGUAAAGAGUUGGUGAUUGAUUCUCAUGAGUUUGGUGAUGAUGAAGGUUUGACGUUGAAAAUUUCAGCACCUCAUCUUCUCAAAUUGCGCCUGUUGGGCAAUUCUCAAGGGGGAGAGUUCAGACUAGAUGAUGUAUCCUCGUUGAUUGAGGCUGAGUUAAAUUUCGACAUGGAAGGCUUUGCAGCUGAUGAUGGUGAUCUUGUUAGGGGGCUUCUCAAGAGGCUGCAUCAUGUCCCGAAAUUGGUGAUGGGGAGCUGGUGCCUUCAGGCGCUGUCGUUAACGGAGGCGAGAGAAGAGGUUCUUCCAACCUUAGAAUGUCGGCAUCUGAUACUACUUGGCGCAGCAGGCCAUGAGGGAGUUCCUGUUAUAGCGGAAAUACUCGAAAGUACGCCGCGCUUGGAGAAGUUGUUCUUACAAAUGACUCGCACACUCAAUUCCAUGACUGUGUCCAAUGCGGAGAGUGUAGGCCAUCGUGACUUUGAUGGAGAAGAAUUUUGGAAUUCUGCAAAGUGGAGGAUCUACCAGUGUUUGAUGCAUCUCAAGCAUGUUGAGAUUGUUGAUCACGGUAGCAAUUCGCUGGCAUGGGAACCUGUUCUUUCCCUGCUGAAGUUUCUCCUCCAGAAUGCACUCUGGUUGGACAAAAUAGUGAUCGAUAGUACCAAUUCCAAAUCGUCCCAGGCAGUUGAUCCAUGGGGCCUGCUUGACGUGGCCAGGAUUCUUCUAUCGCUCCCGAAGCGUUCCCCAAGUGCAAAUGUCAUUCUAAGGUAUCCUUCCCAAGGAAGUUCGUCUAAACAUGUGCGUAAAUCCUGAUUAUCUCAUCGACACCAAUGAUGUCUUUUCCUCUGUUUUGUACCUUUACAUUUAUAGGAGAUGUGAUUGAAUGCAACUCCCGGGGCAGAAAUUUGAAAUAAAACUUCCCCUUUCUGUAUGUUUCAACUGGAAACUUUUAGCUCAGCUUAAUAUUGUUUCAGAAGUUACAAUGCAUGUCUUUCUCAGAA